CGCUUGUAGACCAAAUCAAUUGGGUUUCUGUGACAAUAUGAAGAUAAACAAUUUUUGCAUUAGUAUGAUUAUACACAUAUUGAUGGCCGAAUUAUAGCUAUUUCAAUAUUGAUAACACGCUAGUGACUCAUUGGUCACCUACUAUUAGUGGCUAUGUUGAAAUAGUUGUCAGUUCACGCUAUGACCUCAUCGGUAAUUUCGCGCAUAAAAACUAGCAACAGAACAACGCGCACAGCUAUUGCACACGUUUAAGCCGGACAAAUUUGUUUUUUUUUGAAAUAUAUAUUAUAUACCAUUAAAAGCAUGGAGACGGUAACAAAUCUAAUGCAGAACACCACAAUGGAUGCAAGCAACCAAAAUCAGCAAGGCCGUGGGUUGACAGUAGCGAACAAUUAUGCAUUAAUGGCUGUUGAAAUGCAUCAAGGCUUAUCCGGUAACAGCAGAUUGCUACGUUAUGAUGAAGAACAACAAAUGUGGCAGCAAAUCAGUGAGAUACCGCUUAAAUAUUACGGUUAUGCGCUUGUGCCUAGGGAUAAUAAUUUAAUAUUCAUUGGUGGCUAUAACUCGCGUGUGGAAAAAACCAACAGUGUUGAACAGUACAAUUUGGCGAAAGAAGAGUGGGAGCCACUACCAGCAUUGUCAUAUGUAGUGCGCGAUUCGAAUGCGGUGCUGCUGAAUGAUAACAUCUAUGUACUGGGUGGUUUCGAUUACGAUGUACGUUAUGACGACGUGCAAAUGUUUGAUUUCAAAAUCGGACAGUGGCAGAGUGUUGCAAAAAUGAUAACAGCGCGUUCUAACGCAGCCGUAACUGUGUUUAAUGGUAAAAUUUACGUUUUCGGUGGCUGGUCGGACAUUGUGACGGGCUUAAAAGAUUGUGAAUGCUAUGACCCAGAAACGAAUGUUUGGACCAAAUUGCCAGAUAUGAGCGUAGAGCGUGCAGAUGCUGGCGCGGUCGUAGCAGGUGAAUUUAUUUAUGUCAUCGGCGGUUGCAAUGGUCCCUCACUGAGUGUAGUGGAACGUUAUGAUCCCGCAAAUAAUACAUGGACACAAAUUAAGGAUUUAAAUGAAUCGCGUAGAUAUGUGACUGGUUUCUAUCAGCAAGGAAGACUCUUCGCUAUUGGUGGUGAAAAUUAUGGCAGAGGCAUCCAAAGUAUAGAGGAAUACGAUUUUGAAAAUGCAACAUGGCUAACGCACAAUAAAAUGCAUGUGCCAUUUGAUUGUCGCAUAUUUAGCUUACCCACAGAUAUUGCCACAAAAUUGGAGCGAAGUUACAAUAAGCGCAACACAUUGGCAGCUGAUCAAGGGCUUGUGUUAACGGAAAACGAUGCGUUAUUGGCGUUAGAAUUGAAUACAAAUCCAGCAAAGGAUGCAACAAUCUUGCUUUACAAUGCACCGCACGAUAAUUGGCAGCAAAUCGGCGAAAUAGCCACGAAAUAUUUUGGUUAUGAGUUAGUAUGUCUUGGUAAUAGCAUUGCUUUCAUUGGUGGCUACAAUGACAAGUCUGAAAGCACUAAUAAUGUUGAGAAAUAUAAUUUGGAAACAUCAACGUGGGAGAGCAUGCCUGCAUUGCCACAGCACUUACGGGGCAUGAAUGUGGCGCUAUUGCAUGAAAGCAUCUACGUUUUGGGAGGUUAUGUGCACAAUGCAGCUGAGCCAUUGGACACUGUGUAUAGGUUAGACAAUAACGGCACAGAGUGGCAGCAGGUCGCCAAUUUGUUGAAACCACGUUUUGAAACAAACGUCACGGUAUUUGAGGAUAAAAUAUACGUUUUUGGUGGCUUGUCAGCUGCAGGCACACCUCUGACCGAUUGUGAAUGCUAUGACGCAGUGAGCAAUACUUGGACACAAUGUGCUGAUAUGCUGGAACCACGCGGUAAUGUUGGUUUGACAAUAGCAAAGGGGCAAAUUUAUGUGUUAGGCGGUACAAAAAGUGUUGGUGGCGUUUGUGUGCAAUCUUAUGAUCCAUUCAAAAAUGUGUGGACAAAGAUUUCUCCAAUGAAUGUUGAACGUAGCAACACAUGUGGCUUAUAUCUAAACGAACGCAUUCUUGCCAUUGGGGGUCUGGCAAAUUCAAAGGGCGUUGAAACGAUUGAAUCCUACAGCCCUACACUAGAACGUUGGGGUGUUACAAAAUCAUUGCCAAUAGGAGGUGCCUAUCGCACGUGCUGCGUAACAAAAGCGGCCGCACUUGCUUUAACAAAAAACCUCGCUGUGGCAGCAACAAAUGCUUGUAAUGCGACAACAAAUAAUAUAAAAACUAAUAGCGGCGAAGAUGCAACACUAUUGGUGGCAGUACAAAUGCAUAGAUCGUUUUGUGCACAAAGUGUUUUGUUGUGUUACGACGAAUUGGAGAACAAAUGGCGUCAAUUUGGUGAAAUUGUGACCAAACAUUAUGGUUAUAAGACUGUAUUUGUUGAUAACAGCUUAAUUUUUAUUGGUGGCUACGACAUCAAUUUGGGUAAUACAAGCAGUGUGAAUAAAUUGAAUCUGGAAACACUCACUUGGGAAGCGCUACCAUCACUGCCACAACCAGUACGCGAUGUCAACACUUUGUUGCAUGAGGAUAAAAUCUACGUAAUCGGUGGUUUUGAUGAUAAUUCAUGUGACCCCUACUCAAAUAUGCAAGUCUACGAUUUGCAUACUGGCAACUGGAAGUCUGCAGCUAGUACGCUGAAGCCACGUUAUGGUGCUAGCGUUGUGGCGUUUGACGGUAAAAUUUAUGCUUUUGGCGGCUGGUCAGAUUGUUUUACGACCAUGAAAGCCUGUGAAUGUUAUGAUCCGCAGACAGAUACUUGGACAGCAUGUGCUGAUAUGUACACGGGCCGUGGCGAAGCUGGUAUAACUGUUGUACAGGAUUAUAUAUACGUUGUCGGCGGUAGUGAUGGAUCUGAAUUAGGCGGCGUGGAGCGUUAUGAUCCACGUAAAAAUGAAUGGACAGAGCUUGCCUCAUUGAAUAUUCCACGCGCAGACGUAUGUGCAUUAAACUACAAUAAUCGCCUAUUUGCAAUUGGUGGUUUAAAUAACUCGUGCGGCGUGGAUAUAAUUGAGGAAUAUGAUUUUGCACAAGACAAAUGGGUACUGCAUACAGCAUUGCCGGUGCGCGCUGCAUAUGAAAUUUUCAGUUUAUCACAAAAAAUAGUUGAAAAAGUGGAGAGUAGUUGGCUACAUGAAAGCCAAACGCAAGCAAAAUAACAAAAUAAAAUAAACAAAAAGUAUUAAAUGCGGCUGACUACGUACCGAAGUGCAAUUAAUUUUGAACAUUUUUAAGUGCAAUUAAUUAAACCACAGUUACCUCACUAAUUAAGUUGGUCUAUAUGCGUACAAAUUUACAUUUUUUAACACACUGUAGAUUUUUUUGUAUAAAAUCAUAAAUAAAAGUUGUUACUUUGUAUCAAAAUGUUCU